CACUGCGCAACGCGUCAGUCAAAUGGCACCGCUUCAAUACAACGCACGCGUGGAUUGUGCCUAGUCAGUCGUUUGUUUACGUUCAGUUUACACAGAUUCGUAGCGGCUCUACGAGAUUGUCCCAAUAAAAUGCUAGUGGUUUUCGCAUAGUGGUGAACUUAGUGUCUUUGUGGUGGUAUAUCAGUGGCGUUAGCCGGACAUUUUCGCGAAAAGAGAUCGUGCCCGGCGCGGUGUGGGUGGCGGAGUGCGAUGGGAUGCGGCGCGCGCUGCUCGCGUGGCUCGUGCGAGCACUCGCGCUCGCGCUGCUGCCACCGGCGAGCGCUGACGUCAUCUUCAGAGUGCCUGAAGUUAUGGUACGUCCCAUCUCCGGCACGAAGUCAGUAGGCAUCGGGCCGUCCAAUGUGAGUCGCGCCAAUGACUCUGAGCGCUGGAGCGAGCCGGACGUGGUGGUGCAGUACGAGGAGUACUUCGUGGAGCAUGACGUCUCCACCGCUGACGCGAGGAAGGCAGCUGCCCUGCUAGAACUGGACGAAAUUCCAGCAACAAGAGUAGGCUGCGGCGUUUGUUCCCAACGAGAGAUGGAGUACUGCGAGACCAGAGUCCUGGCGGAUCACUGCUGCUGUGAGCGGCAGUUCCUGCCCGAGCCCUUCCCGUGGUUGCCGCACACUUGCUACGUGGGCCCGCACCGCUGCCGCCCGCUGGCUCACGACUGCGUGCGCUACGUGCGGCUCCGAGACUGCUGCUGCUACAAGAAGCUGGCUGAGCGAUGGAAGAGCAUCCUAUCGAAGUCGUCGCGAGUGAGCGUGGGCGGCGCGUCUCUGCUGCUGCUGUCGAUGCUGCUGCUCGUGGCGCACCUGUGACCCGCGCCCCCCGCGCGCCGCCUCGCCCCGCUCCCCGCUGUCGUCUGACGCGACUACACUCCGAUGCUGCUAUACCACAACCAGGGACUAUGGAUUUAAGCUUACUUCGUGGUUUAACGACAUUUUAUAUUAUAAAUAACGGGUAAUCAAGGA